AGGAUAGAAUUACUGGAUUUUUACUCGCAGGAGUUGGCAAUGUUGAUUAGAGGAGAAAUAACCGUGAAGCAGAUUGAAGAUGCUUUUAAAGAAUUCACCACAAGGAGGACAUUGCGAUAGUGUUAAUCAGCCAAUAUGUUGCAAACAUGAUAAGAUUCUUGGUUGAUAGUUACAAUAAACAAAUCCCAGCCAUUCUGGAGAUUCCAUCAAAGUACUAUCCAUAUGAUCCUGCUCACGACUCUAUUCUUUCACGAGUGAAGUACCUAUUCUCUACUGAAUCAGUGGCAUCUGAAAGACGAUGAGGAAAAAAUGGUUUACGGCUUUGAUGAUUGUAAGGAUUGUUUUGAUCUUAAUGGCAGAUAGAAGACUUCUCCAUGGAUGAAGUGAUAGCUGUAACGAAGGAUGGAACGAUUAGAAUUGGGCUGAAUACUGGAGGUGGUGUAAGGAGAAUAACGAUUGUAUCGACUUCAAUGAAACUUUGAACAUUAGCAUCUCACAAAGACUUAUCGACAACAUGUUGGAUACCAAUGACACUUUUACACUUGUUGUUUUUUGAUAUUUUACAGGGUUUGAGCAUUUCUUCUGUGUUGGUUGAGCUAUUGGAGAAAGUGUAUGCACCACUUAUCGAUGGGAUUAUGUACCUUUCAGCAUUGUUGGAAAAGCCAUUGAAGAAUUCUUGGAUUGGAAUUAGAAGUAGGCGAUCCCCCUAUGAUCGUUCUUCCAGAAGAAGACAACGCGAUCAUCCCCUCGUUUUAGAAUUUCAAGUCACAAUUACUCCACACAGUGGCGAAAUUACAAUUAUUAACGUCAGUAGUCGUGAUUUAGUGGAAAGGGCCUUAAGGCAGCAGCGUCUACCAGACUACCUCAAUGGCGGUUCAUCACAAAAUUCUUCAGAUGAUUCUCAACCAGAAAGUGAACUACUGUUUGAUGAUCAAGAGGCUAAUACGGAGGAGAAAGAAGAUGAUGCUAUAUUAUUGGGGUAUUUUAAAACAAGAAUUCAUCGUGUGGCUGAUGGUGUAAAUAAUCCCACAGAAACUGAAGAAAUUUGUGCCAUAUGUCAAGCAGGAUUUGAGCAUGAAGAGUCCAUUGGGACACUUGGGUGUGGACACGAAUAUCAUACAGGUUGCAUCAAACAAUGGUUGGUGAGGAAAAAAGAUUGUCCCAUGUGUCGAGCUUCUGUCUUGCCCUUAAAACAUAGCAUAUAGAGAUUGUUUUCUUAUGAAAUUCCAUUGUAUUAAACUUAGUCAGACAGUUAGCUAUUAUGAAGUAGUGGAUGUAACACACUAUAUAUUUUUGAUAAAUAUAAGAACAAUUUAUUUCCU